UGAGUUUUGUCAUCUGCUGUGGCUGAUGUGGAAGACUUGAAAAACAACAGUAUGCUUGACUGCUUAGCCUCAUGCAUUUUUCUAUCAUACAAUUCUUUGUAAGCACUCAAACCAUCCUGUAAAUAUGCCCUAAGCCUAUGUACCCUUUCAAAAUUAAAGUCAUACUUCUCUGCAAUCAUUGCAGCAUUAUCAAUCGCAGUGAAAAUCUCAUGCAAUUGCUUCCCGUUCAGUUCCUGGACGACUUCACAUUUGGGCCGUUUGCUACUGCAUUCAGCUUCAAUUGUUAACCUUUCCUCUUCAUCAGCUCUUCAUCUGUCAGUUCUUGGUCAUGGGAUGCUAAAACCUCUUCAACAUCAUCUUUGUCAACAUCCACAAACCCUUAGCCAAACUUACGAUAUCCUUACUUUGUUCACCACAAUCAAAACACUUAAUUAUGUCUAGUUUUACGCUAAGUGUAACACCCUUACGCUCUCUUUUAGGCUUUUCCGAUACCUUAGAACUCAUCUUGCUAACGGAUGCACAAAAUAAAUCAACAUAGAGUACAGAUGCUCACAGGCACGUGUUUAAGCUGUACCACCUAGAAUGCAGUUCCGGGGGAGGAGCUUUGCUGCUCGGCGCGGGUUGCCUUUUUUCAUAACAAUGAAAACACCUUCUGUUAGCGAAAACAGAAAGAAAAAAAAUUAUCAACCCUUCCCCCUUCCCCUUAACCCCUCCCCCCUAACAUAUCCCUAUAGAAAAAAAAGAAGAAAAAAGAAAGAAGAAAGAAAGAAAGAAAGAAUGCCUGGAUAUCGGAAGAUCCCCAAAUGCUCUAUGGAGUGCGAGUCAUCCCUUUAGAGCUACAAAGACUCUUUGCUCAAUUAUUGCUUGCAGAUCAGCUGGCAGCAUCUACAUCUGAUUUAACUGACAGCUUUGGCUGGACAAGUAAUGAGGAAACCAGUCAACAUGAUGUGCAAGAAUUAAAUCGAAUUCUGUUCAGUGCGCUGGAAAGCUCUUUAGUCGGUACCUCUGGACAUGACCUCAUUAAUAGACUGUACCAUGGAAUAGUUGUUAACAAGAUUUUCUGUGAGGAAUGUGGCAACAUUAGUGAAAGACAGGAGGACUUUUUGGACUUGACUGUGGCUGUGAAGGAUGUCAGUGGACUGGAAGAAGCUCUGUAUACCCUCUAUGUUGAAGAAGAACAUUUUGACAAUGAUAAUCUCUACCAAUGUGGAAGGUGUGAGAAAUUGGUUAAGGCAAUUAAGUCAGCAAAAAUACGGCAUCUUCCCACAUUCCUGACUAUCUCAUUGCUGCGUUUCAACUUUGACUUUGCCAAGUGUGAGAGGUACAAGGAGACAGGAUGCUACACCUUUCCAGUCAGACUUGAUAUGCGGCCAUUCUGUGAGCAGGAUAACCUGGCAGACACAGAGUAUGAACUUUUUUCUGUAAUCAUUCACAAAGGAGGAUGCUAUGGAGGGCAUUACCAUGCUUAUAUCAAAGACAUUGACCAGCUGGGCACCUGGUUCCCUGUAGAUGAAGAGAAAACAGUGAUCAAUUCAACUAAAGAUCCAAUCAAGGAAGCCAACCAGUUGGAACUGGGAGAUCCUCUCGAAAUUCUGAGAGCUAUUCUAGUCCAGAUAGGACCUGAUGGCAUACUGGUUGACCAACUGGGCCAGAAAUUACUGGAGAAGGUUGGUGUUGCAUGGAACAAAAAAUAUCGCAAGCAGUUCGGGUCUAUAAGAAAGUUUCUGGAGAGGCAUCCUGAUGUGUUUCUGCUAAAAGCAAAUGGAACAAGGGUUGUGCUAAAACUGGCUGAUCAUGGUUACCCAGGGCAACAGCUCCAUAAAUCCAAUAAAGUCAGAAAGGCACAAACAGGAAAUACCAUAGCCAUCAGUGAGCAUGGGAUUGAUGCAAGGAGAACGCAGUCCAUCACCAAUGAAGAACAUUGGUUCGAUUUUGAUGAUUCCCAAGUGCGGCCUAUCUGUGAGAAAGACAUUGAGAAGCAAUUUCAAGGCAAAGAGUGUGCAUACAUGUUGUUUUACAGAAAAUCUCGACUGCAGCGACCAGAACAGGCUAGAGGGAAUUCAAAGUAUAAAGUACCAGCCAACUUGAAGGAGGAGAUGGCUAGCCUAGAUGCCAGUCUUCAGAAACAAAGGGCAGAAUUUGAUUCUGCAACCAAUAACAUUGAAGUCCAUCUUCACUGGGGUCCCAAGUAUAAGUUUGAAAAUGGUGCUUUACAGCCUGCUUCCUCCCAGCGGGACAGUGUGUUAACGAUAACCAUAGACAGGAGAAAAACGAUCGGUGAUCUCAUGCAGACCGUUUUCCAGCAGUUGGAAUUCUGGAAUGGAGAUAUGGUAAUAACUCUUGCCAAGCAACUGCCAGCUGGUCUUCAUCUUUAUGAGACCUUUAAAGAGGAUCAUAUCUCUCUGUACAGUCUGGGCAUUACAGAUGGAACAACUCUUUUUGUAUGGAAUGGUAACAAGGUUGGUGGUGUAAAGAUACAAACAGGUGAGGAGUUUGAGCCAUUACUACUUAAAAUACUGUAUCCCAGAACGAGGCGUAAAUCAGAAAUUGAAACCAUACAGUACAAUGAGACACAGAAGGUGUUCACCCGGAACACGUUGCUCAGUUCAGUUCGAGAAGCUCUAGCUUUAUCAACAGGAAUUUCUCCAGAGGAGCUAACUCUUUUUUAUAGGAGAUUGGAGAAUGAAAUGUCCUCAAAUUGGGUUGCAUAUGCCAGUGAAGAUGCACACAAAACCCUAGCAGAACUAAAACUUAAAGAUGGCGAUUCCGUGUUAGCAACAGACCAGAAAUCCUGUGACCUGAGUGUUCCCUGUCCCAAUGAUAUCCUUGUAAAUGUAGCACCACAGACUGAUCGUAGCUGGCUACAGAUCAAGAAUUACUGUGGUGAAGGAUUGUCACAAUCUGCAGGGGCAGUGGUGACUGUUGCAGUUACUAUGGAGAUGCUCAUUUCAGAAAUUAAAUCUAAUGCAAUUGAGAAACUGGAGGAAAGUAGUGGAAAAGAGAUUGAAACCUGUCUGAGACCAAUUGACAGAGUUGGAAAGCUCCUCCCACCAGUGUACGAAAAUUUGGCUGUGAAAGAUGCUGGGUUGAAAACAGGAAGCACUUUGGCACUUUUUCCUGGCUGUACUCCAACUGACACACAGCUGUUCUUGUAUUUCACUAUUGGGGAUGGAAUUCACUUAAACUCAGAAAUGGAGAUUGUGGUAGAACGGAGCGUCUCAGUCCGAGAGUGCUUGAAGCUGAUGUUAGAGAAAGCUGGAUUAUCAGGAGAAAAUUGGCAUUUAAGGAAAACCGAUUGGUGCUAUGAUGCUGGAGAAGUUUUGAAAGAUGAGGAAGCUACAGUAGCAGACAUGAAAAUAACCAAUGGAGACACACUUGUUCUCAUGGAAGGGCGACUUCCACCAAAGGGAUUUCUGAUGUUACCUGUAUGGUUCUACCAAUCUACACUGAACUCGGUAAACUCGGGGUACAUUCAAGAGAAGCAAAAAAGCAUUGAAGACAGGAUUUGUUCUUUAAGCAUCUUGUCCAGUGCAACAGACUUUUCACUGCAGCAGAAUAUGGACACUGACUUGGAAUUUGUGGGCAAUAUUGAGAUAUCUGGUGAUGCUAGUCUUGAGGAUUUAAAAACCCAGGUUUUGACUUUGCCACUGCUUCAAGGUCUCUCCGUUCCUUCAGUGAAGUUCCUCAGGGUCUGGCUGCUCGAAAAUAAGUGUCCUGUUAAGAUCCUGCGGAACCAGCAGCAGCAGCUCAGCAAAUUCAAGCUGGGGAGUUCUGCAGAGAUUGGAAUUCAGCUGCUUCAAGUAGAAGAACAGCUGGCGCCCACUGAGUUGUUGCUACAGUUGCGGAUGGGUGUGCCUGGCGAAAGGGCCUAUUAUCCAACAGAGGAGAUUGUCUGGGACGUGUCCAAAGAAUCCUCAACUCGGGCUCUCAGACAGAGAAUUUCUCAGCACUACUCACUAGCACCGGAACAUAUUGAAAUUGCCAAACAGUUAACAGAUCAGUUUGAAUGGAUGCCAAUAACCACCUGGAGCCAACAAGUUUCAAAGAAGAAGAAGAAAAAGAAACUACAGAGCGCGCAGGGGGCGCCGUAUUAUCUGAAAGAUGGAGACAUUAUCGGAGUUAAGAAUCUGUUAAUUGACAACAACAAAGACUUCAGCACCAUUGCUGAUGACAUUGGAAAGGAAAAACGCAGACUUGAAGACAGUAAUAAGAACAAACGUGAACAAGCUACUGUGCAUCAGAGUGGCGACUCCACAGAAGCUAGUGAAAAGCAGGUAGUUCGUGGUCGUACCCGCAGACCAGAAGUUGCCUUAUCCAUCAGUGUGGCAGACUUCAGAUAAUGGCUGCGGAAACUGGAAGUGGCCAGCUGGAAGAAGUUGUGAGCUUUUGUCUUAUUAUCGGAAGCUCAUAGCUAAGUAAGAGCAGUGAAAGUACAAUCAGUGGCUCAUCUUCUAUGAAAUGCAAAGAAGUAAAGUGAGGAUUGAAAAUAAGUUGGCAAAAGCUGCCAGGUUCUUCAUGACAGUUUGUUGGUACCCUCAGUCUGAGAAGAGAAAUCCAGCAGGAGAUAUUAUCAAAACAGAUUGAAGAACCAUCGCCAGAGGACUUGGGGUUUAUUGGUCAAUAACUGCCAGAAUAAAUACUUAAGAGAUUUUUUUAUUUCAUGCAAAUAUUCAAACUUUUUAAGAAAAAAAUUAUCUAUGCAAUAAAUGGGAUUCUAUUCCCAAGGAAAAUGUCAAUGCUUCUAACACCAACAACUGGUGUUCAUUUAUGUUGCACAGUAUUGCAGUCAUCAAUACAUAGUAUUGGUAAUGGUAAUUGGUAAUUUUGGUCAUGUGUUCUUGUGAAAAUUUCUCUUGGACUUGGUUCUGAUCUGGUUGAUGUAUUGAUUGAAUUUUCAUGGGCCAGAAAAUCCAGAGCAGGAUCACAUCACAUACAAGAGUGGUAAUUUUGAAAUGUUUUUUUUUCUAACAUAGGAUGGUUGUGGAAAAAGAAACAAUUAAAGUGGAUUUAUGGUCCAAUUUUCAGUGAGGACCUGACCUGCUGGCAAGGACUAUGUGCCUCACAUGUACACUUGCAACCUCAGGAGUUCGCAGUUCAGAGAAAGUUCUGCUAUGUAAUAAUGAUACACAAGGUGAUAAUUUGAGAUAGACUUAAAGUAUAUAACGUAUGAAAAAAAUGUAUGGCCUUCUGUUGCAAGUGGAGUAACAUCUUCUAAAGAGCCAUUGCUUUCCUAUUUAAACUCUUGCUCUCACUAGAAAACCAACACAUUUUCCCCCUCAAUCAGUUAUUUUGCUGAUUGUUUUACACAAUGCCUUAAAAAGACACCUAACCUCUUGUAAAUUAGAUAGACACUCAAAACUUUAUCUAUGUGCUAAUAGGAUGCAUUAAAUCCCUUCUGCUAUUAUUUUCACUCCUGUUCAAAUCUUUGGAUGUUUUGCGAGUAAGUGCUAAGUGACUAGAACAAAAUCCUUACCAACACUGAGUAGCACAGGAAUGAGGAGUCCACUUAACAGAAUUUCACUAUUAAUGUAUAUGUACUGUAUGGUACCAUUUGCAGGGAUCGCAGUGUGUAUAAAGGAAAGUCAAGCUUGCACUCAGUUUAUCAAAUGGUGAACUAUUACAACAAAUUCUCUCCAUUGCCUUUCUAAACAAGCAUAAUUUCUGUAAUUUACUUCAGAUGUUACCAAACAAAAACAGGUUAAAUUGCUACAGUGAUCUGCAGUUGCUUUUGGGACAAAUUUGCCUAUAGUUUUUAAAACAAGAAAACAAGUUAUGAAUAAUAAUGAUGAGACAGGAGAAAUUAAAGAAUCAAUUAGAAAUGUUGCAGCCAUCCUUUAUUUCAGCAUUUCAUCUCGUUUCUUAAAAUUACAAUUAGCAAAUUAUAUAACUGCCUCCUAUGGAACAGGAUGCAAAGAGUUGCCUUGAACAUGUAGUUUAGGCUCCAGAUAUUAAUGACUCAGUGAAUAACUUCAUCGGGAUAUGUAAUGCUACUUAGCAGCUGCAGUUGGUUUACUUUUAUGUUUGAACCUUAUUAUAUAAAUUGUAGAAUAGCUUUGAGUGAUCUAUGACUUUGCUGUGAAUUGUGAAUGUGAGUAGGUGUAUCAUAUGAAUGUGGCAUGACAUGAAGUUUUCAUGGUGCACUGUCAUUUGUGAUUGGCCAAUGAUAAAACAAUUUUAAGAAAAUCUUAUUACAGUCAAUUUGAACUGAAAAUCUAAUAACUUGAAGAAUGCUGCUGAUUUGAUUGAGGAGGAAGAGGAGAAGUUGUAUUAGCCAGUAUGAAAAAUAUUUUCAUGAAUACCUUUGGGUAGAACUUGCUUUCUUUCUGGAAAAAGGGAAUAUUUCUUUAAAACUUUUUUCCAACAUGAUUUAGUGAAAAAGCAAAUGAAAAGCUUUAUAAUCACUAACUGUAUUGAUAUUUCAAUAAUAAUAGAUCAAAUCCAAACAAAAUCUUUAAGUACUUAUAACAACUGGUUUAGAUUUUCUUCAGUCAGUAACUGGUAUAGGCCUAAUUUGCUGUAAUCUAAAGUACUUGCUCAGAAUUGAAAAUAAAACAGUAAAUAUUGGAAAUACUGAGAAGAAAAGACAGCAUCUGUGUACACUGAUUGUUGACCUUUCAUGAGAACUUUGACCUAGAACCAUAGAACACUACAGCACAGUACCUUCAGCCCUCCAUGUUGUGCCGACCCAUAUAAUCCUUAAAAGAAAGUACUAAACCCACACUACCCCAUAACCCUCCAUUUUUCUUUCAUCCAUGUGCCUGUCCAAGAGGCUGUUAGAUACCCCCAAUGUUUUAGCCUCCACCACCAUCGCUGGCAAGUCAUUCCAGGCACUCACAACGCUCUGUGCAAAAAACUUACCCCUGAUGUCUCCCCUAAACUUCCCUCCCUUAAUUUUGUACACAUGCCCUCUGGUGUUUGCUGUUGGUGCCCUGGGAAACAGGUACUGACUCUCCACCAUAUCUAUGCCUCUCAUAAUCUUGUAGACCUCUAUCAAGUCCCCUCUCAUUCUUCUACACUCCAAAGAGAAAAGUCCAGCUCUGCUAACCUUGCUUCAUAUGACUUGUUCUCCAAACCAGGCAACAACCUGGUAAAUCUCCUCUGCACCCUCUCCAUAGCUUCCACAUCCUUCCUAUAAUGAGGUGACUAGAAUUGAACACAGUACUCUAAGUGUGGUCUCACCAGAGAUUUGUAGAGUUGCAACAUGACCUCUCUACUCUUGAACGCAAUCCCCGUUAAUGAAGCCUAGCAUCCCAAAGGCCUUCUUAACUACCCUAUCAACCUGUGCAGCGACCUUGAGGGAUGUAUGGAUUUGAACCCCAAGGUCCCUUUGUUCAUCCACACUAUUAAGUAACUGACCAUUAAUCCUGUACUCAGUCUUCCGGUUUGUCCUUCCAAAAUGCAUCACCUCACACUUGUCUGGAUUGAACUCCAUCUGCCAUUUUUCUGCCCAACUCUGCUGCCUGUCUAUAGCCUCUUGUAACCUUUGACAACCUACAGCUCCAUCCACAACUCCUCCAAUCUUCGUGCCAUCCGCAAAUUUACUCACCCAUCCUUCCGCCUCUACAUCCAGGUCAUUUAUAAAAAUCACAAAUAGCAGGGUCCCAGGACAGAUCCCUGCGGCACUCCACGAGUCACCGACUUCCAGGCAGAAUACUUUCCUUCCACAACUACUCUGCUUUCUUCCUUUAAGCCAAUUUUUUAUCCUAACAGCCAAGGUUCCACUUAUCCCAUGCCUCAUGACUUUCCAGAUGAGUCUCUCAUGAGGGACCUUGUCAAAUACUUUGCUAAAAGUCCAUGUAGACCACAUCCACUGCCCUACGCUGAUCAAUUUAUUUUGUUAUUUCUUUAAAAAACUCACAAUCUUCCCUUCACAAAGCCAUGUUGACUAUCCGUGAGUAGAUUGUACUUCUCCAAAUGCUCGUAGAUCCUAUCCUUAAGAAUCCUUAAGUUGACUGUUAUUCUGUUAACUUUGCUUCAGUAUCAAUAAGGGGUAGGCAUUUAGAACAGAGAUGCGGAAAAACUCUUUCACCCAGAGAGUGAUGGAUAUGUGGAAUGCUCUGCCCCAGAAGGCAGUGGGGGCCAAGUCUCUUUCAAGAGAGAGUUAAAUAGAGCUCUUAUAGAUAGCGGGGUCAGGGGAUAUGGGGAGAGGGCAGGAAUGGGGUACUGAUUGUGUAUGAUCAGCCAUGAUCACAGUGAAUGGUGGUGCUGGCUAGAAGGGCCGAAUGGCCUACUCCUGCACUUACUGUCUAUUGUAUCCACAGGUGCUUCUUUGCCUUUUUGGUAUUUCCAAUACUUUCAGUUUUUAUUUCUGAUUUCCAGCAUCUGCAGUGUUUUAUUUUUUUUAAGUUUAUAUCCAGAAGUAGUGCUUUGUGUUAUACCUAUUUUUUUCCCUGUAAGAUUUGAAUGAAUCUUGUAAGAUACCAGUUUUCCACUUGAAGCUGAUUUUUUUUUGUAUGUAAUUGAGUUGAUUACAGAUUCAUCUUUAGUUUGGCAGAUCUUCAAAAAUCUUUAUUCUUCACAGAGUGGUGAUCAUGGGUUAUUACCACCUUUUCCUUUGACCUUGGCUGUUAACAAUUCAUGUCAACUUUUACAUUAGAUACAAGGUGUAUUUUGUUUUUGAAUUAGUGAGGUAUCGCAUGAGACGGUGUUUUAUUUUUUUAAAAAACAAGGAAAUUUAAUCCCUUUCAGCCACUGAUUCAACCUGAGGCAUCUCUGACCUGUUUUCAUGCUUUCUGGAGACAGGUGGAGGCAGGUAGGCAAGUGUACAAGGAGCUUUGUUAGAGAAAAAAGUGUUUUGAUACUUUCCAAAUGUGAAAUUCUGUUAAUGAUGCAGGAGGCACAAAUGCAUUAAUUAUUAGAAAUACAAUCUCUUCCUAGUGCUUAAUUACUUCAGAAGGUGAUUAAUGCUCAUGAACGAUUUGAUUUGGCCCUUGGUUGUUUCCUUUCUGCUUUGCACUGCCAACAAGCAUGGACAAUUCAAUUUCCUAUGUAAUGUUGGUUGACAGAGGGAUUGAAGUUUCCUUCUACAAUGCCACAGAUUCCAUUGCCCUGGACCACUAGUAUUUGGGUCAAAUGAUGGAUAGGUGGAGAUUAUUUUUGAAAUGCUGCUAGAGAUGUAAUUGUGGGAUAUGGGGUAUUGGGCAAGAGAGGAGGAGAGUAGAUCAUGCAUUGGAAUAGAAAACCUGAAGCUUUUAAUUUGGGGAUUUCACAGUUCAAUUGCCACCUGGCUUAUUACCUAAAAACAGGCAAGCACUUAAGUCAGCAAAGAUGCAAUUCUGGCUUCCAGAGAUGUUUUGGCAUCUAUUGAAAGCAAAAUUUUAAACAUUGCCCAAGGACAACCCCUUCUAAUCUGAGCUAGUAAAUGUGUGGAUAAUUAUUCUGACGUAAGUUACUCUGACAUUAAUUAUUCUGAGAAUGGUCUAAGGAAGGAGUAAGAACCUCCUUUGAAUUUUCCUAAGAAAUUUGAAUCAGUUUAUUUUAUAUCGAGGAUAAGCAUAAUGCAAUAAUUUCAUAUGUAAAGCUCUAAAUUGAUUAAAGAAUUUAUACAAAAAAAGUUUUUUUUCCUUGUGUGUUUGCAUAUUUUGAUAUCCAGUUCUGUCUGUAAAUCACUAAUCUAGGCCUCAAUUAAUAUAACAUGGUUCAUGCUGAUUAUUCCAGUAAGCCUUCAGAAGUAUGUAUAUACUGCAUUCUUCAGGAGAGAACUUCAAGUUUAACUUCAAGUUAAACAUGCAGAAAUGGAACUUCUACAUUAAUCACCUGCAAAGCUUUGGUAAGGCAUUUAGUUUUUUGAAUGCAGUUUGUCGAUCUGUUGAUUGUUCUUCUCUUACUACACAGCUGGGAACAUUAAUUUUAUACUGGACAUUGGAUACGUUGCUUGAACAUGUAUAGUGCAAGAGUAAAACAAAAUGUAUAUAUACCUUUAAUAUAAUAAGGCCUAAAAUGUUCCAUGGGAUUUUCAAACAAAAAUCAUUUGUUUCUGAGCCAUACAAGUUGUUAGAUGAUAUGACUAAGAGGAUGAAGUACAUUUGCUUGAUUCCCAAGGCAUUAUUUGAAGAACAAGCAGUUCUUUGGACUGCCUGGAUCAUAUUUAUCCUUUGGUCAUCAGAGCCAAAGAAUUGUUAUUGUCUUAGUCACAUUGUCAUUUG